AUGACUUCUAAGAAAAAGAAGGCGAGAAGAGAAUUCAUCCGACAACUCACCGAGGAAAUUUUUAGUCGGAGUUCUCCUUCCACCACCCAGCCUUGGUCCUCGUCUCCCCUCCCAACCAUGUCCUCCCGGCGAGACUCGCCUCCGCAACGCGGUCGUCCAGUCUCUCCGCCGAGAGGCCCAAGGAGCGACCAUACCGGAUUCAACUUCACUUCUGCCACCUGGAAGCCGCCGCGCGAGUACGGUGAGCGACACCGCGAACGCUCACACUCACGAUCUCGAUCCCCAAGCCGUGACCGAAGACGCCCUUCUGAAAGAGACGACUCUUACGAUUAUAGAGAGGAAGUACGCGUACGAGGAGCUGAGUGCUAUCGACCAAGAUAUGAUGACACUCCCACACGACCGUCACUGAAAGAUUCCCGACGCCCAAGUAGCGGCGGCUCCGGUCAUAGCAGCCCCCUUUCAAAGAGCGAACUUGGCCCUCCUUCGAAGACUAGCAUCCCCUCCGGAUUAAGCAAACAGCAACAGGAGAGACCGAAAGCCAGCGUUGAAGCGCCAGCUUCAGGGACAGGAAGCACUAAGCCUGCAGAUUCCUGGCAAAAUCGUGCUAUGAACGCCCCGGUUUCACUACCGGCAGCGCCUGCACCCGUCGCAAAGAUGCCACCCUUAAGUGAAGAGACGCUGGCAGAGGCUAUGCAAGCUUUAGGUGGAAUUUUCGAGCAGUUGAUCAACGAGGCGACUACGAUCUCAGCCCUCAAGUCCCAACACUAUGCAGCUAAGAAGCGUGCCGAGAAAAGGACUUCUGAAUACGAAAAGUCCAAGAGUCACCACGAUGGGUUUCCCUCGAUAAAGGAAUCACAGACUGCAUCGAAAGUCAAAGCCGAGAAGGACCUUAAGACCAUAACCGAUAAGGUGAACGAGAAGCAAUCUUUGCUGACGGGACUUGCUGUAAAAGCAGCAGAGAAGCUGAUACCAGCUCUGGUAGCACAAGGUGGCGGAACCACCGAGCGAGAAAAUCUCCAGCAGCAACGUAUAGACAGCCUGGAGAAAAAAAUUGAGAAGCUGGCCAAUGACCAAAGAACGAUCCUGGAAGAACAACGCAAAGCUAAUCAGACUCUGGAAGAGAAGCGCCAAGCUCUUGCAAAGACUGUCGAUGAAAAGCACCAAGCACUUAAGAAUACGGUCCAAGCGGUGCAAGGGCAAUCUAGUUCAACUCAGCAUCGACUUGAGACCGAUAUGGCUAAAGUUGAAAAGGUUGUGCAGGAAGCUAAGGAUUCAAACCAGGCUAUCGAAUCUCUUAAAAUGGACCUUUUGAAAGCUAAGGGAGACGCUGCGAGAGUCUCGAUAGACAACACUCAACUCUCCUCCAGUCUCAAGGCUCAGGGCCAACAAGUUGAAGCCCUUAACGCCCGUAUCAAGGAGAUCGACGCUAUCCAGACAGAGCUCAAGGGUAUUGCAACCGUUCCUAAAGCCGCACGUGAUACCGAAGUGCAAAUUGAUAGCUUGAACGACAGGUUCAGCAAGAUAAAAGACCAGAACUCUGGGCUCGUCAGUCAUAUCACCGAGCUUGCUAAGGCUCAAAAGCAGUUCCGUGAGAAUUCGGCGCUGCUACAGCGUCGUGUAGAGGAUAUUGAGCAGCGACCCAAUCCAGCCACUUUCGAUACAAGACUUCAGAAGCUAGAGAAUCCUCGUGAUGUAAGGGAUCCGGGAACAAAGAAGGAUCUAGAUGCCCUGGAGGGCCGUGUCAGACAGCUCGAGCGGACACCUCCAGCACAGCACCCUCUUCCUACUAAGUUCAGUUCUGAAGCUCUCGAUGCACGAGUUGAAGCUCUUGAGAAGGCUGGCAAUCGCCGAACAGCUCUCGAGGCCAAUGUCGAUCAACGGCUUACGGGACUUGAAGUGGAUAUAGCAAAUUUGCGGUCAGCGGAUUUCGAUGAUGUUAAGAAGCGGAUAAUUGAGGUUGAAACCCAACAACGACGAGCUUCUGCUGUAACAGCAUCAAAUUCUCAGGCAACCCCAGCAACCGCGGCCAACAUUCAGCCCCAACUCGACACUUUACGGGAGCAAAUCGACGAACUCAAGGAAUGGCAGCAAGUACACGAUACAACUUGGACCGGUGUUCUCAAUGAGCAGAUCGAAGAGGAAUCGAAGAGGCUUCAAACUCGCAUCUCAUCCCUCGAAGCGAAAUCAUCUCAGUUAAGCAGCAGUCUCGAAGAGCGCCCACAAGUAGCCUUCGACGAGGUUCAGAAAAUCUAUAUCGUCCAAAGUGCUGCUGAAACUGUGGUUGCCAAAUUCAGAACCAAGCCUGACUUGCUUCCAUUCAAUGUUGACAAGACCCUUAAUAUUGUUAACCAAGCGCUCGUACCGAUGCACACCUCGAUCGAAGCCACCAAUUUGAGUCUUGGUAACCUCCAAUGGCGGGUGGAUAACAUCAACACGUUGGAAGUGUCCAAGCACGCUCUCGGCCAGCUAUACGAACUUCAUCCAGACCUCCAGAAGAUUGAGGCGCUUAUGGUUGGGUUUAAGGCCGAUUUAGCUGGGUACAAAACGGACAUGCAAGCUAAAACAGUCCAAAUUGAGGAGCUGAGAGAGAAAAUGAACGCUCUCCAAGGCAUUAUUCGGAAUCUUGAAGCGAUGCAGGACCAAAAGACCGCCGAAGCCAUGACACGGCAUUAUCAUGAGCUACGAAAGGAGGUCGAAUCUUUAACGGAUGGCGGUAUCGACAUAUCGAAGAAAGUAACAACCGUUGCCACAGAACUUGAAAAGGUUGUCAAGAAAGUCUCAGAUUUUCGGAACGAAUACAAUGACAAUCUGCAAGUAAGCGCUAAUAAGUUUGGGCAACUUCAAAAUGACCUCGAUGAGAAGAUGGACAAGAGUAAGGAGGCUCGGCGACCGUCACCAGCAGUGUCUCAUAAAAGCAACGGCACCGGCUUGGGCCCAAGACCAAGCUCUUCCUCGAUAGGCAACCGACAACCAUCCGUUUCCAGCGUCAAUAGCAACAAGAAGCGGAAACUGGAUAAUCCCACCUCGGCAAAGACAAACGGCGUUCGCCCGGGCUCUUCGGCGUCUCGAAGUCCCCAAGCUCACAAGCGCCAAAGAAAGCAUUUUGCAGAGGAUGAUCCUGAAGCGGACCCUGAUUAUAACGAGGAGAUCCCGGAGCCUGGAGUGAGCGACGAUGAGGACAUCAAACCUCUUAGAAAAGAAUCUACGGGACACCCAAAGGGAAAGCCAAUGGAGACUGCCAAAACCUCCAUGAAGAUCAUCGUGCUCACUGAUAGCGAAUGA